GCCCUUAGGGAAUCGCAAAGCCAAGUACAAGACGAUUUCUUUUCCAUAUGAUGGCGAAGCGCUGGAGCGUCAUCAUGUAGACCUUUCGGCGUCCGGCCGCAGGCAUCGCGUUCACUUCACGUCACGGAUAUCCCCUCCAAAGACCGGAGUGAGCCAUCCAUAGGAAAUAUUGCGCGCCCCGGUUUCCAUUUCGUACUCGAAAUUUUCACGCUCUGUUAGAUGCAGCGUUCCUCACAAAUGGCCCUCCAUUGAUUGAAGCAGUAUUGGAGCCUAUGAGUAUCUGAUUGGGCGAUAGACAUAUCGAUGAGCGCAGCUCACUCUCUGGGUUCACUAUCAAACAUAAUAC